AUGGCAGAUCGCCAAAAUGCUCCAACCAGAAGUUGGCGUUUCCGGCCUCAAGAACCUAAUACCGACUUCACGGAAGUGCAACACCUAGCGACCCUUCACUUCCUAGAUGAUCAUUCCUGCAUGGUGCCCAAUACACAGGAUGAUCUUGGCACAAUCAACGGCUUUGUGGAUGUCGAGACAUCCAACUUCAAAGCUCGAUUCGUGCGGGACGCUCAGGUUUUGGCAUCUUUAAAGCCCAUCGGAGACGACUUUGACUUUCUUCCUUUUGACAUUUUGGGAAACCGACCCCGUAAUGGACAAUACCACUGGGGCGAUAUUACCUAUCGAUAUCGCACUCAAGGCGACAAAACUUGGAUUGAUGGGGACUCUUCUCAGCAGCGCAAGCCUAUCAUUGCUCUAUCUCAGAGCAACGAUGUCCUUGCCGCUGCGGAUCUGUCGUCCACGCUUCCUUCUGGACCUCUCAAAGUGACUCGCGAAUGGCUCAACCUCGACGGCGAUCUCGCGCUACGGUUCAACUUGAGUAAAACCGGCAAUUCCACCAUUGAGAUUGGCAGUCUUGGCUUCCCUGCCGAGUUCAACAGCAUUUUUACGCAUCACCAUCCUGCAUACGCCAUGGUCGCCUGUUCUCUUUCUGAGCCGUGCAUCGGCAUGGAUUCUGGCCAAAUUCGCGUCACCCCUAUCAAAGGCAAAGGGCCAGCCUUAGUUGUUACAGCCCUCACCGUCACUAAUUCACCCAUGGAAGCUCGCAAUCUUUUAGAAUGGGGUUACGAAGGAUCCUGGUAUGGCACUCAGACGUUUGAAGCGUUCUACGAAUGGCAAGUCCUCACGAAAGCAUGGGCAGAGAACGAGUGGGCUGUUCAGAAGGCACAACCUUGGAAUCCACCUUCUUCGCGAGAGCUGAGCCCGGGUUCAACUCUUCAAUUCGGCGUAAGGUUCAGUGUCGUUCCUGAAGGUGUGCGGGGAUUUGACAAGACUGUCCGGAAGACUGGUCACCCCACAGUCGUCAGCAUCCCGGGCUACAUUCUUCCUAGGGAUCUGCUAGGAAGGUUGUUCCUUCAGGCUGAUUCUCCCGUUGCCAAUAUCUCUGUCGACCCUCAGGGAUCGCUGUGUGUGGCCCUGACGAAAAAAGCUGCUUAUACCUUGACGCCUGGAGAGGCUGCCUGGGGUAGAGCGCGAGUGACUGUGACGUACCGUGAUGGAGAAGUUCAGACGAUUCAUUACUACAUCACGAAGCCCGCUCCUGAAACUAUCCAGGCCAUGGGGCAUUUUCUCACGACCGAAGCACACUUUACCGAUGAGUCUGAUCCUUUUGGUCGUGCGCCCUCAAUUAUAACCUACGAUUGCCAAAGCAUGUCGAUGGUGACACAAGAUCCCAGAGCCUGGGUACCCGGACUUAGCGACGAGGGUGGAGCUGGAGCUUACAUCGCGGCUAGUGUCAAGCAAGCUAUUUACCCUAACGACGAUGAAGUUCGGAUUAUUGACGAGUUUGUGAACAAUGUAGUCUGGGGGUAUAUCCAACAAGACGACUACGCCGUGCGGAACUCUCUCUUCUUCUACGAGCCAGCCGAGGUCCCAGGAUUCACGUACGAGAGUUUUGACUGGAUCUCGUGGUCGUCCUGGAACAAAGACCGAGUUGGGCGAGCCUACCCGGAGCUGGUCAGCCAAGACUGGACCUGGUAUCUCGAAAAGCCUACCGGACGGCGCUCCGCAUUUCAGACCGUGUGGAGCGUCAUCAUGACUGAUCUACUCCGUGAAGGGUUCAAUGAUGAAGCAGCUACUCUGGAAGUGCUUAUGAAGACUCGCGUCGAGCAUUGGGACUCUGUUGACGCCCCAUUCGGGAGUGAAAUGGCCUGGGACCCCACUGCCCAAGAGGGCGUCUACCAAUGGGCGAGACAUUUCGGUUUUAAAGAUUUAGCAAAACGAGCAGUUGACACCGUACUUGGCUUCACUCCUAAUGCCGGUUGUCCGAGCGCCAGUUUCCAUUCGUUCCCCGACACCUUGCAAUGGGAUGGUUUCACUGCCGACUACGGCCCGGGAUUCCUUGGAAUGGCACUUAGCUCUGGAACAUACGUGGCCGAAGAUGAGCAAGUCGGUCUCGUUGCUUAUGGUGGAAAAAUUUCAAUCGAUGGAUCGAACGUUAUGGUUGAACCUCGCGACCCUGUCAGGAAGACGGUCUUCAUCGGUCCCCUGGCAGUCUUGAUCACGGUUGAUUCCAUCUCUAUGACAUUGUCUCAGCUUAUAGACGCUCCAAAGGCGAUGAACGCUACUGUCUGGACGGAUUCGGCACAGGUAUCCUGGGAGUACAGUGGCAAUAACGUUAAGGUCGCCCGCGGUGGAUGGAAAUUCCUAUGGAUCAAGAAAGAGUCAAUAUUACGCUGUCUCUGA